AUGGCCGUUAAGCCCAGAACCGACCGCCCCGUCGCGGUCAUCGGUGGCGGUGUCCUUGGCCGCCGCAUUGCUUGCACUUUCAUCGCAGCUGGAUACGACGUCAACAUCCGGGAUCCUUUCCCGGCCGCCCUCCGCGAUGCUGCCGAGUACAUCGAAACUCACAAAGUUGAAUUCUCAUUGAUGCCCCGCAUCCACAAGGCUCACGAGGUUGCCGAUGCAGGAGAUGAGGCCUCACUGGAGGCGUCCACCGACGCACCCUUUGGCGUCUGCAAGACUUUCACCGAUAUGGAGCCCGCCGUCUCCAAUGCUUGGCUGAUCAUCGAGGCUGUGCCCGAGGUCCUGCAGUUGAAGAUUGAUACUCUGGCCGAGCUCGAUAAACUCGCUCCUAAGGAUUGCUACAUCGGUUCCAACAGCUCGUCUUUCAAGUCGAAGCUGAUGCUUGUUAAUGUUGCUCCCGAGCGCCACCCGAACGUCUUCAAUAUCCACUAUACUAUGCCCCCGGCCAUUCGCACCGUCGAGUUGAUGACAUCUGGUAACACCGAUCCCAAGAUCUUCCCCUACUUGGAGACUGUUCUGGGAGAGUGUGGCAUGUUGCCCGUGACUGCUCGUCGCGAAUCCACUGGAUUCAUUUUCAACCGUCUCUGGGCAGCAAUUAAGCGUGAAAUCAUGCACAUCCUCUCCGAGGGCGUCAGUGAUGCCAGGGAAAUCGAUCUCCUUUGGGAGCACAUGUUCAAGAACGGCCCUCUUCCCUGCCAGCUGAUGGACCAGAUCGGUCUGGAUACUGUCGCCUUCAUCGAGGACAACUACAUCCAGGAGAAGGGAUACGACCCCGUUCCCACCGUCGACUGGCUGCGCCGCGAAUACAUUAAUAAGGGCCGUCUUGGAAAGAAGGGCGGCAAGGGCGGUCUCUACCCUGCUGCCCCCGAGUCCUCUGCCGUCGAAGCUACCCCCGCCACCUCCCCCAGCACUGCCAAGGACAUCUACCUCUUGGAUGUCGGUCUCGGCAGCAACGCCAAGGACAUCUCCCAGGUGCACUCGAACGGCAAAAUCCUGCGUCUGAACCUUGCCACCCAAAAGUUGACCCCCGUCGUCGUUGGCCAGAACUUGCCCGAUGGAAUCGAUGUCUCACCCUCGACCAAGCGCAUCUUCUGGACCAACAUGGGCCACAGCACUGCAUCAUGUGACGGCUCCGUCUGGUCCGCCGAUCUGGAUGGCAGCAACGUUAAGUGCAUGGUCCCCGCCGGCAAGGUGCACACUCCCAAGCAGCUCGUCGCUAUCGAGUCCCGCCAGCAGAUCUACUUCUGUGACCGCGAGGGCACCGGCAUCCACCGCUGUGACUAUGACGGUACCAACCAUGUGGUUCUGCUUCAGCGCCGCGUGGACUCCAGCAUGAACCUCCUGGACCAGAUGACCAACUGGUGUGUGGGUGUCUCUGUCGAUGCUGAGCGCGGCAUCCUGUACUGGACCCAGAAGGGCCCCAGCAAGGCCGGCCGUGGUCAGAUCUUCUCUGCCGGCCUGGAUAUCCCUGCUGGCGAGACUGCCGAGAACCGUACCGAUAUCAAGCGCCUGUGGAAUAACCUGCCCGAACCUAUUGAUCUCGAGAUUGAUACUGAGACCCAGACCCUGUACUGGACCGACCGUGGUGAGCACCCCACGGGCUGCACCCUGAACCGCGCCUACGUGGGCGGUGAAGCUAGCGAUCUGGAGAAGGUCAUUCUGGCGCGUCACUUCCACGAGCCUAUUGGCCUCAAGUUGGACAAGGCCAACAACGUUGCCUAUGUGACCGAUCUCGGCGGUAGCCUGUACUCCGUGUCUCUGGAAGAUGGAGUCAAGACCGAGCUUGUGAGCAACGAUGGUAGCUACACUGGCCUCACUCUGGUGUAG